CUGGCCACUUCCCUUCCGGGUUCCCUGCACUACUCCAUGGUGCUGGGAAAAUGCUUUCUACCCCUUUUGUGGCAGGUCGGAUUCUUUAAAUUGCUCAACUCAGCUUGUCCAGGAAACGCCUUCCUUGAUCCUGGAAUGGGCAUUUGUUCUGGAAGCUCGUAUUUACAUUUUAAGUGUAUCUGGUGAGUGGGCUGGAGCCCUCGUCCGGGCCGGGGACAGAAGAAGCCGUCGACCCGUCUUUCAAUCGCUCCCCUUCCCCUUUUCUCAUCACUCCAACCAGCCCGCGACCAUGCCCAGGAAGAAGGGGGCGGCCUGGGAGGAGCCGAGUUCGGGCAACGGCACGGCGCGCGCGGGGCCUCGGAGGCGCGGCGGCCCCGCGGGCAGGAAGCGCGAGCGGCCCGAGCGCUGCAGCAGUAGCAGCGGCGGCGGCAGCAGCGGCGACGAGGACGGCCCGGAGCUGGACGGGGCCCCCGGCGGCGGCAAGCGCGCGGCCAGGCCGGCGGCGGCGGGCAAGGCGGGCGGCACGGCCGCGAUUAUCACGGAACCCGAGCACACGAAGGAGCGCGUCAAACUUGAAGGGUCUAAGUGCAAAGGGCAGCUUUUGAUUUUUGGGGCAACCAACUGGGACUUGAUUGGACGGAAGGAAGUGCCUAAACAGCAAGCUGCUUACCGAAACCUUGGUCAGAAUUUGUGGGGGCCCCAUAGGUAUGGGUGCCUGUCGGGGGUCCGGGUCCGGACUGUGGUUUCAGGUUCAUGUGCUGCCCACAGCCUCCUCAUCACCACAGAAGGGAAGCUGUGGAGCUGGGGUCGGAAUGAGAAGGGACAGCUUGGCCAUGGUGAUACCAAGCGGGUUGAAGCCCCCAGACUCAUUGAGGCGCUCAGCCAUGAGGCAAUCGUGCUGGCAGCAUGUGGGCGCAACCACACCCUGGCGUUAACAGAUACUGGCUCCGUGUUUGCCUUUGGAGAGAAUAAGAUGGGACAGCUGGGCCUUGGGAACCAGACAGAUGCUGUCCCAAGCCCUGCUCAGAUCAUGUACAACGGGCAGCCAAUUACCAAGAUGGCCUGCGGAGCUGAAUUCAGCAUGCUGAUGGACUGCAAAGGCAACCUCUAUUCCUUUGGGUGCCCUGAAUAUGGCCAGCUGGGACACAACUCAGAUGGGAAGUUCAUUGCCCGGGCACAGCGGAUAGAAUAUGACUGUGAGCUGGUACCCCGGAGGGUGGCCAUCUUCAUCGAGAAGACCAAGGAUGGGCAGAUCUUGCCUGUCCCGAAUGUGGUGGUUCGAGAUGUAGCCUGUGGCGCUAACCACACACUGGUCCUGGACUCACAGAAGAGAGUCUUCUCCUGGGGCUUUGGUGGCUAUGGCCGGCUGGGCCAUGCUGAACAGAAGGAUGAGAUGGUGCCUCGCCUGGUGAAGCUGUUCGACUUCCCAGGGCGUGGCGCAACCCAGAUCUACGCCGGCUACACCUGCUCCUUUGCUGUCAGUGAAGUGGGUGGCCUGUUUUUCUGGGGGGCCACCAAUACAUCUCGUGAGUCUACCAUGUACCCGAAAGCAGUACAAGACCUCUGUGGCUGGCGGAUCCGGAGUCUCGCCUGUGGGAAGAGCAGUAUCAUUGUGGCAGCCGAUGAGAGUACCAUCAGUUGGGGUCCAUCGCCAACCUUCGGGGAACUGGGGUAUGGGGACCACAAGCCCAAAUCUUCCACUGCAGCUCAAGAGGUGAAAACCCUGGAUGGCAUUUUCUCAGAACAGGUGGCCAUGGGCUAUUCGCACUCCUUGGUGAUAGCACGGGAUGAGAGUGAGGCUGAGAAAGAGAAGCUCAAAAGGCUGCCUGAGUACACCCCACGUACCCUCUGAGGCGGGUGGCACUCCCUCGUGGCAGCUGUCAUUUUCACGUGCACUGGGACCAGAAGUCAGACAAGGAAUUUAGGAAACAAAAGUUGACCCAAGGUGCAUUGGGUUAGCAUCCCUGCAGUUCCGUUUCCAAGCAAUUCAACGUUAACUACCUUUUUCUGUAUGCUUUCCAAAGUGUUUUUUCCCUCAAUGUUUGAUUAAACAUUUGCUCAUAGCCAGCUUGCCUUUCUACGAGACAGGCAGGAACUCUGAGCAUUUAGGUUUUUUUUUUUUUUAAGUUGUACUCUUUUUCACCCCCUCCUGAGUAUCCUUGUCCAGCCCUCCCAUCCCAGCCAUAAUUAGCAUUGUGAUCCGAGUGGGUGCCACGUGGGAGAGAAAUCGCCACUUUCCCAGUCAGAAACGGCCCUUCCAGGAACCAGCAGCCUGUAGGCCACAAAAUCCCCAGUGGUCGGUCUCCACCCAGAAUCCCGCCUGCCCGCUUUCGGAGACCUGGUCACUCGCUUGCAGGCCCUCCCCGCCUGCCCCUCGCCUUCUCCCAGUAGCUGUUGCUGACUUCUGUCUGCAAGGCCCACUGCCUUUUGGCUGAAGCAUUUGUAGGACCAGCCAUUCCCCCACCCACCUCCACCCUACCUGCCCCCGCCCCCGCCAUGGGGCCUCUGGAGUCUGUGUUUAGCCAUUUAUGUCUACUUUAGCUCUCGAGUCCAAAUGAGAAUUGGGGACCAUGGGAUAUGGGGGUGGGCAAGGUGGGGAACCUUUGUGUUGUUGAAGGGCCUGGUUUUCUGGCUCCCUGUGGAGCCCAGGCUAUGCUUACCAGUUAGAGACCAGCCAGCAGUCAAGUGUGUUCUCAGUCCUCUGUGACCCACUGUUGUCGCCUGCGUGCUUUUCCUGUCCGCUCCUGCUGUCCCCCUCUGCCUGGGAUGGCUACCCUGUUCUGAGACUUAGCCAUUCUUCUGCUGGCUCCAAUGCUCUUUGGCCGCUUGCAUUUGCUUGGCUCUGGUACCAAAUAGUUGGGAUUCCUGAUGAAAUCCCCUGCCCCGCGUGUCAGUGCAGAUGCUGUGACUGCCACCCACAUCCCCACAAGUGCCCUCUGCCCGAGCCCGUCCUGGUAUUAUUGACUUUGCAGCUGAGUUCCGAGGUGCCUUUCCCGGAUCCCUCCUCACUGGACCCGAGUGUGGUGGCAGCUCGGGCUGGGACCCUUGGUUUCCAGAGGGUCUGGGCUGCUUUAACUAGGUUUAGUUCAGUGGUGCUCUGGAGGUGACCGGGAGAAGGGUUGAAGUGUGAGGCUGGGUGGGUGGGGAAAUUAAUUCUGGUCUUCACAUUGACGGUUUCGUUCUUGCUGUUGUAGCGCUUGUUGAUGUCUCUAUGUUAAAAUGCCAAAAAUGAUCUAGUUGUCGCUUUCCUCCUGCUCCAGCGCUCCACAGCAGCUUCUGGCUUUGCGAGGUGUGUUUGUCUCAGCCAGUGCCAUGGCCUGGCGGGAACGGAUCCGAGUUCCCACUAUUUCCCAUCAUGUGCCCGACUAUAUAGUCAGUCAGGGACAAGCUUCUGCAAAACUAACCUGCUUUGUCCAGAUCACCCCAGACACCACCCCUUGCUUCUCCCCUUGCCGCCUGAGCCUUCCCCGGUCUCUCUGGCUAGUGCCGCUCAGUGUCUGCUCCUGUCCUGGAGGUCUCCUGGAGUUGUGUGGUCACCAAGAGGGUCGAGGAUGCAGUAGUCCUGAGCUGAACUGGGCUCAUCUUCCAGGGAGCAAACUAAAGCCAGGGGUUAGCACCCCUGGAUAGAGCAUUGGGGAGGGGGAGUGCACGGAAAGUGUCUUCUGGGGAGAGAUCCUUGAGCUGGACCACAACCCCUUCCUUUAGACUAAAAUGUCCACCUGAGCUUUCUCACUGGGAAACGCCUUUAGAACGGGGACAGUGGGAAGCCCUGGGUGGGAACUACCCUGGCUGCCUGUGGGCUCCUGAAGUCUUCUGGUCAUGACAAGAGGGUAGCAUGAAGGGAAUAGCGAGGAUGUGAUUCGGUUGAAGGUGCCUGGUUUAGUGCUGUUAAUUGUCUUAUUUUUUUUUAUAUAUAUAUUUCUUGGAGUAAACAUUUUAAAUAAAUGGCAUCAUUGUUUA